UUUGAACAUUUGACACUCUCUGAAUUUCCCGAUAUGAAAGAAAAAAUAUGGAAUGGUCAGGUGCCAAUCAACUUUUUCGGGAAUUUAAAGUCUCUGGUGGUCGAUAAAUUUUUGGAUAUAUCAAUUGGUAUUUCAUCCAAUGUGUUAUGCUGCUUCAAAAAUUUGGAAUUGUUGGAAGUAAAAAGUUGUGAGUCACUAGAACAAGUGUUUGAUUUGGAGGAAAAUCAUCAAGAAAUUUCAGGCAUAGAGAAAUUGAAAUCAUUGAAAAUUGACAAUUGCAACAGCUUGAGAUGCAUAUUUACUCCAGCUAUACUGUUGGGUCUUGUUCAACUCCAAGAGAUAGAGGUGAAAAAUUGUGCAUUAGUUGAAGAAAUCAUCAAAAAGGAGGAGAAAAAGGAUGGAGUGAGUGAUAAAAUUAUAAUUCCUCAAUUAAACUCUGUUAUGCUUGAGUCAUUGCCUAGCUUGACAAGCUUCUAUUCUGGAAGAAAUAUUUUGGAAUGUCCUCCCUUGGAGACUAUUGUCAUUAAGGACUGUCAAAAGGUCCAAAUGAAGGAGUUCAAUAUUCAUCUUGCUGCAUGUUUCACCAAAAAGGUUGAAAUUCCCACCUUGGGAUCAUCUUCUUGCUUCCAGAAUUUAACAAUCUUGCGCAUCGGUGGCUUUGAUAAUUUGAAAUAUUUAUUCCCAUCUUCUAUGUUGAAAAGUUUUUUCAAACUGAAGGAGCUUGAGAUAUCUAAUUGUAUGUUCAUGGAAAGAGUAAUUGAUGAAGAUGAUGGGAGAACAAGAACGAUGCUGUUUCCUAAAUUAUGUCAGCUGAAGCUUAGAGAUCUUCCAAAACUUACAACAUUCUGCAAUUCCACUACAAGUUUUGUACAGAUGUCCUCCUUAUUCAAACUUUGGAUUGACAAUUGCCGUGGUAUUCAAACAUUCAUCUCCAGUUUUAUAUGUGGUGAUAUGGCAUCAUCAAGCAAAGAACCUGAAAGAAUGAACGCAAAGGAGGACUCUACCCACAUACUAUCUCUUUUUGAUAAGAAGGUAAGACUCCCUAGUUUGGAGAUAUUGGAAAUCACUUAUGCUGAUCAGUUGGUAAAAUUAUGGGACAAUCAAGUCUCUUUAGAUUCAUUUGGAAAAUUAAUUAGAGUGACUGUAAGAUUUUGUAAAACACUUGUAAGUGUUUUUCCAUCUAACAUGCUCGGGAUUCACCAGAAACUAGAAUUUUUGGAAGUACAAAACUGUGAUUUGGUUGAAGAGAUAUUUGAAGUACUUGAGAAAAGCUCUGUCAUGGUGGAGGAAAUUGUCACCAACGAGGAAACAAUCCCUAGGCUUGUGUUUUCUGAAUUAACCUGGUUGAAUCUACAGAUGCUACCAAGUCUCAAAAGUUUCUGCCCGGUGAAACAUAUUUCAGAAUGGCCAGAUUUAGAGGUGUUGAAGGUGCAUGGAUGUAAUAACGUGAAGAUCAUUGCUUCAGAAUCAUUGAGCAUCCGAGGGAGUAAUGGAGACAGUCAACAAACACUGUUUUUUGUUGACAAGGACGCAUUCCCUAGCUUGGAAGAACUAGAAUUAUGUGAAAUGCCCAGGCUAUUGCAUCUGUGGAGAGGAAAUUUUCAGCCUUGCAAUGCUUUUCAAAAUCUCAGGACUUUGAAAGUGUCAGAAUGUGGCAGUUUAGAAAAUUCCUGUUUCUCAAUGUUGUCUCUCCAGAAUUUAAGAACUUUGCAAGUUUCUAAGUGUGAUGGGUUGAUAUAUUUACUGACCCCCUCAAAAGCUAAAACUCUGAAUCGACUUAAAAGAAUGAAUGUAUCGGAAUGCAAAUUGAUGGUGGAAAUUAUGACACAUUUGGGAGAUGAAGUAGUAGAGAAUUCAAUUGUUUUCGGCAAAUUGGAUUGUUUGGAACUUCACUGUUUGCCCAGCCUUAAAAGCUUUUGUGGUGGGCAUUAUUCUCUUGAAUUCCCAUUCUUGGAAAAAGUAAUAGUCAGAAAAUGCUUGGAGAUGGAGACUUUUUGUCAUGGAGUAUUAAGCACACCAAGUCUCCAAAGACUACAGUUGACAGAUGGAGGAGAGGAUGCAGUAGAAGAAUGUUGGGAAGGCAACCUUAAUUCCACCAUGCAAUAUUUGUUCAAAAAUAUGAAUGUGCAGUACUCCAAAGAAGAUUGAAGUCAUUCCUUUGAUAGUGUGUGAUACACCAGAGCUCCAUUUCCCCCAGGUGAAGAGGGACUCUGUUUCUACUAUCUCAACUGACUUUAUCUUCACAUUUUGUUGAAGGUGGAAUGCCCUCUGUAUACAUAUUUAUUCCGUUGUUGUAGAUGAGUUUGUUUUAUGUAUGCCAAUUUCUACAAGUUGCCAAACAUUUUGGGCAAACAAGACAAAAUAUGCAGUUUGUUAUCUUCGAUGUGUAUGCUUUAUUGAAUACUUUUUCCCAGGAACAACAAUGAUUUUAAAGUUAAAUGAGGAUAUUUAAUCAUCUCCA